UUUUGGUGUUCAGUGGUGAUUGAGUGAUGGUGUAAGAUGUGGGGGAGGUGGUGGAUGCUGGUGCUGCUGGCGACUUCCGCCGCGGGGAAAGGAAAGAAGCAUCGCCAUCAAAAACCUGGUCGGGCGCUGUUAGACCGGCUGACGAGUACCAAUGAAGGCGAGGUCAUAUUGUCGAGCGACAGCGGACUGCUGCCCGCUCCGCUCGACGUGGCGCCAUACACGAUUGUCGAAGCGAACGCCACGUGUGGCACAGAUGGCGCUGAGGAGUUCUGCAGGGACACGCCGGCCAAACGGGGCUUGGCUUGCGACGUGUGCGAGGGUCUCGACGGUUCAGCUUCGCGCCGCCACCCAGCUUCGUUCGCCGUGGACGGAGACCCCAGUACCUGGUGGCAGAGCCCUACGCAAGCCUCGGGGGAAGAAUACGCCCAUGUGGAGUUCAUAGCAACUCUGCCAGCUAAAAUGGAGCUCCUCCACGUUAUAAUAAAGUCCGGCCCAUCUCCCCGACCCCUCGCGUGGUCGCUGGAGGUUUCUCCAUCAGAUUCUGGUGAAGACUGGCGCAUGGCUCGAGCUUUUGGUGAUAAGGAACAUUGCAGGAAGCUAUGGAACUUACGACCGGAGAGAAGAAGAAGGAAAGCAAGAGGUGCUAGAAAAGGUCGCGCUGACAAACCCACCUGCUCUUCAGAGUUCUCAAGUCCAAAGCCAUUGGAAAAUGGUCAGAUGCACGUAAAUCUGGGCGAGGGUGUUCUGGCCCGCCGAGUGAAGGUGUCGUUCCGAGCAGCCCACCCUGCGCCCGCGCAGCGUCGGUACUACACUCUCCGGACCCUGACCCUGGCUGCGAGAUGUGUGUGUCAUGGCCACGCUCGGCAGUGCGCUGUUGAUGCUAAGGGCGUCAAAUGUGACUGCAUCCAUAACACCUGCGGCCCCCAAUGCUCUAGAUGCUGUUCAGGUGGACCCUGGCGACCCCAGGAGCCGUGUGACGAUGGCAAAGAGUGUUCUUGUGGAGAUAGAGGUGCCUGUACCUUUGACGAUACGGGUACUAUUGUCUGCGUUAAUUGUACGGAAAAUCGCGCUGGACCGUUAUGUGACCGCUGUCUCCCAGGAUUCUACAGCGUCCUACCUGAUGGGGUCUGUCAACCUUGUGAAUGUGACCCAGAAGGUUCAAAUGGAACGUGCAAAUGGAACAAGAAGAGUCACCAGAUCUCGUGCUGGUGCCGGCCUGGAUUCGCGGGCGCGCGGUGCGACUCCUGCGCAGACCCGGCGGCGGCGUUCCCCAGCUGCCUCACGCCGACGGAGCCUCCGUGCUACUGUGACCCCAGGGGCAUCGUGGACCCUACCAGGAUUUGCGACGAAGUCUGUGAGUGCAAGAAAAACGUAAUGGGCGACCGUUGCGACACCUGCGCCCUGGGUCAUUUCGGCCUCAGUGCUGACCUGGCAGACGGCUGCCGGCCAUGUUAUUGCUCUCAUAUCACCGACUCCUGUACCACCGCCCCCCAUCCCGAACCGGAGAAACCAGAUAUCAUGUUCCCACUGGGUGAGGCGUGGCUUGUGAGCGACGCCCAGGAGAACCAGACUCUGGAGUCUUCCGUUGAUGAGCAAGGAAAACCAUAUAUUGUCAGCUAUGAGGUGGAAGGUUGGGACUAUUUCUACUGGUUCACACGUUCGUGGCGCGGCGAACAGCUGGACACAUACGGAGAUCUGCUGCAAGCUACCAUCUCCUGGAGCGUGGUCCGGGGAGACACUGAGGGGGACCCCACAUUGGCUCCAGACUUCAUACUGGUCGCUGCUGAUGGCACCAAAUUGGCUUCCACCAACACCACCCACGAAGCAGCUGGUUCCAUCCAGUUGUCAGCCCCGUUGAUAGAAGGCAACUGGUUCAUUUUGGGGGAGGAUUACUUCCCACUGGCUACCAGAGUGCAGCUCAUGGACGCCUUGAGGAACCUUCGGGGAUUGAUGCUGCGUGCUCACUUCCACUUUGAUCAGGACGAGGUCAGCCUGGAAAGUGUCCAGAUCCAACGCAGAUCCAUCCCAGGUACCCGAGAGCACUGCGCCUGCCCCCCCUCGUAUGCCGGCGCUCACUGCUCGCACUGCGCGUGGGGGGCAGCCAAGAUACCUCGCUCGCCGCUAGCUACGCCACAGUUCGAGUGCGUGCCUUGCGCUUGCAACGGCCACGCUGGAUGCGAAACUGUUGACGGGCCGUGUGGACCAUGCCAACACAACACCACGGGGCCACAUUGCGAACGAUGCUUGCCGGGACACUACGGGAACCCCGUUCAGGGAGCCUGCAAACCUUGCGCAUGCCCACUCUACCUGUCGACCAACAACUUCAGCCCGAACUGCGCGCUCGCAAGCGCUGAAGGUGACGAUUUCGUGUGCACCCAAUGUCCGGACGGUUACACCGGGGAUCAUUGCGAACUCUGUGACUUCGGCUACUGGGGCUCCCCGACCACGGAAGGCAGCAGCUGCCGGGAGUGCGCCUGCGGCGGAGCGCCCUGCGACAGGAACACAGGAUUGUGUCUCACGUGUCCCGAUAAUACUGAGGGGGCGCGGUGUGACCAGUGCAAGGAAGGCUUCUGGUUCGGCCCUGAAGGCUGGCGCGGUGCCGGCACUACCUGUGUUGCGUGCGGGUGCGGGCCGGGGGCGCUGGCCGUAGCCUGCGACGCCCGCACUGGGCAGUGUGCCUGCAGGGAGGGAUGGACUGGGCGGUCAUGCGAUCAGUGCGCCGAGGGUCAUGGAGGGGUAGAAGAAGGUUGUCCAGCCUGCCGCUGCGGAAUCGCAGCCCGUAACAACGACUGUGACACUGCGACCGGGGAGUGCGCGUGCGCAAGUGGAGCAGCGCCGCCUCGCUGCGACGACUGUCUCCCGGAGCACUACGGGGUGAAUGCUUCUGGCUGCUUAGGUUGCAACUGCUCGCGCCUGGGCGCUGAAGGCAACGCUUGCGACAUCCGCUCCGGCCAGUGUCGCUGUCGGCCGCACGUUGUCGGGCGCGCCUGCGACACUUGUGAGGUAGGCUACUGGGGCCUGCAGCUCGGCGGUUGCCGCCGGUGCGAAUGCGGCGCGGGCGCAGCGGCGUGCGACCCGGUCAGCGGGGCGUGCGCGUGCGCACCCGGCGUGGGAGGCGCACAGUGUGACAGGUGCCUGCCCGGGUUCUACGGGUUCCGGCCUGCGGGAUGCUUGCCCUGCCCCACCUGCUCAGACGGCAAGAUCUGUUCGUUGGACACGGGCCAGUGCGUGUGUCCGCCGCGGUCACGUGGGCCAGGAUGCCGACAGUGCGCCCCAGGGUAUUGGUCCCGGGAGAAUGGCUGCCAGCCGUGCACUUGUGGAGCUGGAGCGACUUCGAAUAUAUGCGACCCAGUGAGUGGUCACUGCAAAUGUCGUACCGGCUGGGGCGGGUCUCGUUGUGAACGCUGCGCUCCCGGACAUUUCGGGCCACGUUGUAGACCGUGCGACUGUGAUCCAGCCGGCUCUAGGGACUGCGAAGGUGGCUCCUGUGACUGUGAUGAGAGGGGCCGCUGUCUUUGUAAGGAGAAUGUAGUCGGUGACAAAUGCGACCAAUGCCUGGACGGCACCUUCGGCCUGUCAGCUGAGAACCCCUCAGGAUGCACCGCCUGCUUCUGCUUCGGUCGCGCGGCACAUUGCACUCAGGCGGCCCUCACUAGAGCAGCUUUGCAUAACACCAACCCGAUGCACAUCACGCUGCUCAAAGGAGAUCAGAUUACCACGGUGGAUAUUCAUUCGCCAUUAGCUGUUCCGAUGCACAAUCAAGAAGUCACCAUCUCUCUACCAUGGCCGCCUGCUCCGGUAUACGUAGAACUGGACAACAGAUUUCUUGGCGAUAGAAUCACUUCAUACGGAGGCCUGCUGCGGUAUACCGUAGAAGAGGAAGGAGGAGAGGAACUGUCAUUAGAGACGAGUUUACAAGCACCUCUCGUCAGCAUGUAUAGUGGAGAUAUCGUUCUUGAUUAUUAUGAGAGCAUGCCAGCAGACAACAGCAGCGGGAGUCACGUCGUAAGAUUCCAUGAGUCGUUGUGGUGGGUUCGUGGUAGAGGGAACAAAGCCAGUCGUGCUGCGCUGAUGGUGGUAUUGCAGAAACUACAGCGAGUCCUGAUAAGGGUCACCAGCAGAGCGCCAACGGCCAAGGAUCAUGUUCAUGCUUUAUUGCUGAACGUAUCUCUCGACACCGCCAUCCCUGGUCUAAGUCGCACCGCGGCUGCUCUAGGAGUAGAGCGGUGUGCUUGCAGAGAAGGUUACACUUCAGAGUCCUGCCAGAAACCAGCCAGAGGAUACUGGUUACCUCAACAGAGGAUACGAAUCAGCUCUACUAAUGGAACUGUUAUAAUAGCAGUGGAAGGAGAAGCAAAGCAGUGUGAAUGUAAUGGAAGAGCUGCGGCUUGUGAUCCUGAUACUGGAGUUUGUUUGAACUGUACCGGUGGUACAGGCGGAGCCAGGUGCGAGAGCUGUGCCCCGGGCUACCACGGCAGCCCGCACGUGUCCCCGGGCUGCGUGGCCUGCCCGUGCCCCUCCCGCGCCAGGAACUUCGCAGACGCCUGCGAGUUUGACCAGGGAAGGCUCAGGUGUCUGUGUAAACCUGGCUACACUGGCAUGGAGUGCGAGCAAUGCGCAGAAGGCUGGCACCGCGAGCGCGACGGUAGUUGUAGACCGUGCGCCUGCGACCCGAGCGGCGCGACACACGCCGCGUGCGACGACGCCGGCAGGUGUCGCUGUCGCGCGUUCGCGACCGGACUCAAGUGCGACAAAUGUCGCGCGCUUAGGACUUACUUGGAAGAUGGAGAGUGCAAACAAUGCGAUAACUGCACGCAAACACUGCUAGACUCCGUUGAAGAACUAACGAACCACCUACACAGUCAAGCAAACCCCACCGAACUAAGUCGUAUACCAAAGCCAUUCCCAGCCGUGCGAGAAUUCUCCCGGAGCGCCACCGAACUGCGCACAAGACUGAGAAACUAUAAAAUAGACGUAGAAAAUUCUAGAAAUCUUGACAACACAAUUCACAGACUUGAAUCUGAUGAACACAAACUUUUUACUGAUACUAACACAUAUAAGACUGAAGCAUUAAAAAGACAAGAUGAAGCUAGAUCGUUAAGUCUUGAAAGCAUGAGUGGGUUAGAAGAAGUUAUUAAACAGAGAAGGAAAAUAGGGGAGCAAGUUGAAGCUUUAGAUGAGUUUGCGAGAGGAGAAAGACAUCUUAGUGCUCACAAGGCGCUGAAAGAGGCUAGAAGGUUGCUUAGGCAUAUCAAUGACAUCAAAUUGAUUGACUACCUUGGAGGAGCGAAUGAUGUUUUCGAAUCGGCACAUCUCCAAUCAACAUCGGUCCAAGAAUUUGACUACCGCCUCGACGAUCUCUCUAAACGCGUUCGCGCUCUGCAAACCAAAAUGGACGACUGGGAGCAGAAGACUGAUGAAUAUCCGAAGUUAGCUGAUGUUAUUUGGACAGCCGGUGAUACUGUAGCAGCGACGAGUAAGGGAAUCAGACCUAGGUUGGCUGCUGUUAGAGAUGCUGGGUUGAGAUGCAGACUCGUCUUGGAGGAUAUCACGACCCUAUCGGCUCAUAACUUGACUGACGAGACCUACUCAGCGAUGUUACUGGCACAAGCGAUGGCCAUAAAAUUCCCUACAUUAGCAUCGGAGCUGGUCACACUGAUGAUAGCCGCAGAGGAGAAGGAAGGGAUACUGUACAAUCUGACCCCAAUUUAUAAGGAGAAGUACUUGAAGGCUGUGGAAAAACAUGUAGCAGAUUUGAGUGAGAAAGCCACGCAGUAUAAAAGCUUAUUCUCCGACACACGCGCAGCCUCCUCACUGGGCGUGUCCGCCGCCCGCGCAUGGUCCGGAGUUGCCGACGCUCUCCGAGACGCGGCGGUAUCUGCCGAUGCUGCUUUAUCGACAGCGGCGGCUGCUGCCUCUUUAGCGAAGGGCGCUCGUCCUGUGACGUCGUCCGGGAAGGAUGUAUCGGAUUUGUUGAAGCAGCGAGGUGCUGAAGUAUUGGCGAAGGCUGAAGAACUACGCAAGCAACUAGACCAGCUCGUCCGUUCAGCAGACGCCGUCUCCGUCUCCCUUCGAGGUUUGGGCUGGGCCGAACGCGAACUAGGAGCGACUCCUCGAGCCUCAGUCAGUGCCACUUUAGCAGCGGCUGGCAAACAAGCUGACAGGGUGUUCGUGACCACGAGAGCAUUGUAUGAUGAAGCCAGUGAGCUGAGGCAGAAGAUGAGGUACCAGCUGAGGAGGCAGUUGGCUGAUCUGCAAAGGCAUGGGGAUACGGCGCUAGGGGCGGCGCAAGAGCAUGUGUCCCAAAUCAGCAGUAAUACAGUCCGUGGUGCAGAGCUUUCUCAGGCGUUGGCGGGGGCGGCCGGCGCACGCGCACGCGAGCACGCCGCGGCGGCUGCGCGGAGAGAACCUGCUCUCACCGCCCUGAAGGACGCUGUGGCCAGGGCUAAACAUGCUGCGCAGACAAUAUCGGUAUCACUGACGUCAGCCUCUGGGCCAGGACCAGGGUGUGCUCGGUCCUAUGUCCUGCGCUCUCACUCUCCCUCAGUGACGCGCCUGUCACUAGCGUUGUCCUUCGAUGGAGCGGUUCGAGACGGUGUGCUGUUGUAUUUGGCUGGAGAAGAGAAGAUGCAGGACAAGAAGAGCUACAUGCGUCUCUUCGUCCACAACAAGCGUCUCCACUUGCGCUGGGAUCUCGGCGCUGGCGAGGGUCACAUCCAGCAUCCUGAGCUACUGCAACCCACCCACGAUGAUACAGACCACACUACCUACAGGGUUGACGUUGAAAGGAUAUGGAACACUGUCCACCUCCGCAUUGAGCGGGCUGGUUCCUCAGUGGUGUCAGCCACCAACAGCAGCACAGCCCGGGCUGACACGCUACGGCCGACCAGGCUAUGGCUAGGAGGACCCCCGGACCUUCCAGGGGAAACCUGGGCGCUGCCAGCGUGUGUACAUUCCUUACAUACGGACGAUAGUGUGGUGGGGCUGUGGAACUUUGCUGAGCAGCCGAAGGAGGCGAAAUGCACUGGUUGUACUCAAAGAUGGGUGGGAUCUCGUGGUGGUUUGGCCGCCCUGGCGUGGCUGGGCGGCGGCUACGUGGAGCUGAAGAGGUCCUCACUCCGAGCCCCGGACAGGAGACACUUCAGCCUCGCGCUCACCUUCAGGACCAGAGAUCGGGACGCGCUGCUCUUCAUGGCUUUGGAUGCUGCUAAUAACCGGUCAAUAUCGGUAUGGCUUCGUUCAUGCCGCGUGGUGUUCUCCGUUCAAUACAGCGGGUCCCGGCUGGAAAUCACGGCGGGAGGCCAGCACUGCGACGGGAAGCCAGCUCACGUGCAAGCUAUCAGGGUCUUCGCUGGAAACAAGCUGGAGAAAGGCAGCCUGCGUGUGAACGGCGAGGAAACCCUGGGCUCGCCUUCUCCCCCGGUUCAGUCUGCGGCCGCGCUGCCGGACCUCACCAGCUCCCCCUACUGGGUGGGGGGGCUGCCCCCAGGGGCGGGGGUGGAGGCCCCCGCACCCCCACUGUUGGGCUGCCUGGGAGCUGUAUCGGUAGACAGAGAAGGGUAUAACCUGAUGGAUACGCCCACGAGACAUGCUGUGGAGCCUAAUUGUGGGACUAGGGUCCUCCGUUCAGCUGUAUUCGAAGGCGCCGGCUCAGUGGAGCUCCCUUCACCAACGGUCCGGCGCAGAGGAGCCGUGGGCUUGGCGUUCAGUUCCCGAGCACCGUCCGGCUUGCUGCUGUACCGGGCGCCGUCCUCGCCUGAUGAUGACGAUGAUAAGCAUCAUCUGGCGCUAAUGAUGGUCGAUGGUGAGCUGGAGGUGACCGCAUCAGCAGGCAAGGAAGACUUGAAGCUCCGCAGCAACGGGACGAGGUACGACGACCGCCGGCUGCAUGUGGUCAAGCUGAUGAGGUCGCAUAAACAGCUAGAAAUGUGGGUAGACGGCGAACGAAUUCUCUCCGGACCCCUCUCGGGGCCCGCUUUCGCGGCCAGACCCCGGGCCCUCUACGUCGGGGGUCUGCCGAGUGGAUACGUCGGGCCGGGGCCGAAGGUAUCCUCGGGGUUCACUGGCACUAUAGCCGAUGUCAUCGUUGACACGCAACUAUUAGGGUUCGAAACAGCAAUCGAGUGGAGCGGAGCGGCGUUGGGGCGAGCAGACAACGAACCCCAAAACGAGCCCCACACCGAGCCCAGGGCGCUACAGGCACAGCCCGAUGCUGCAGGAUGCACUAAGACGCCAUCAUACGCUGUAGAAGGUGGAGCGGCCAAGUUUGGGGACGCUGCGGGCAGCCACGCCGCCCUGAGGCUGCUUCCCAACAAUAGGUUACAGCUGUCUCUGCAGUUCAGGACGAUGAGGCCUGAUGGACUGCUCGUCCUUAUACCGGGUUCGAAGACGAAGCCUAAACACUACACGGCACUGAUGAUCCGCGAAGGGAAACUGCGACUGGUGGUGCGCGGGCGCAGGCGAAAAGAGUUAUUGCUGACAGAAUCCGUGGCGGAUGGCGUUUGGAGGACGGUAUCAGUGCGAAUCUGGCGCGGCCGCAUCUCCCUGUCGAGCGGGGCGGCGGCGGCGCGCGCGCACGCGGCGGCGGCGGCGCGCGCGCACCGCCUCUACGUGGGCGGGCUGCCCGCCGGCUACGCGGCACUCAUGCCGCAUAUACCUAACUCGAUAGUCCGAUUGGGUGGUUUCCGCGGCUGUGUGCGCCGUGUGGUGGUGGGGGGGAGACAAGAGGAACUGGUGAGAGACACCAAGUCCCACCACGCGCUGGGACAGUGUUUCCCGAACAUCGAGAGAGGGGCCUACUUCGCAGGUGAUGCGUACGCGACGUGGUCCAGCUCGUGGUGGUGGGGCCCGGCGGGGGCGGCCGGGGGGGAGGGCGAGGGGGCGGAGGCGCUGGAGCUGCGGCUCCAGUUCCGCUCAGCCAAGCCCAGCGGCGUGCUAGUGGCUUCCAACACUUUGCUGCUGGAAUUGAGAGAUGGACAGGUGAUGCUAACCCGGCAGUCGCUUGGCAACAACCAGGCCGGCACAGAGUGGGUGACGGGCGGCCGCGCUCUGUGCGACAACGCCUGGCACACGGUCUCUGCCAGGGUUUCCCGCGGGACCCUCUCAUUGUCGCUGGAUGGCGGGCCGGCGCUGAGGAGAGCUGAUGCUGGACCCCUGCUUGAUGAGCCUACGCAAAGCCAGAGGGGACCACUCUAUAUUGGUGGGCUGCCAGAAGGCGCCGCAGACGUCGGCGAGAUAGCCCACGAGAACUUCAAGGGCUGUCUCCGAGACGUGACCGUGGCGAGCACGAGACGGGACUGGACCGAGAUGGAGGCCACGCACAAUGUACUGCUCGACUCGUGUCCCGUGCAGUGACUAAGGGAGCAAACCGCAGAGGAGUAAACCUUAUAAAAGUAAAGAAAUAAAAACAUAAGCCUUAUGAAAGUAAAGAAACUUUAUUUUAAAGAGAAUAUGUCUUGGGGAAAUAGAUUAACGUUUGCAGUGCACUUUCAAGGCGUCAGUAGUACACACGGCUCUGAAGAUAUCUGGGCACUUCCCGUACAGCAAUCAAGGGGAGGUGGUGCACCUAUCUCUUGAGGCCACGGUAUUUAACUUUAAUACCUUUGUAACAUUUUUAAACUUGUGACUUGCAAUAAAUGAAUCUGAGCAUGACUAGAAAGAGAUAUAAUAAUGGGAAUGUUGGAAGAAGAGAUAUAAUGAUCUGCACUUCUAGUAGUAGAAGUAGAACGUAUAUUGUAAGACCUAAUUGAACGAUAAUAGAUUAAUGAAAGGUAUAGGAGAGACGUUAUAAAUUAUAUAUAAUUAAUAAUGGCAGAUGAUUCAAUGAUGAUAAAAUUAGAUUUUUGGAAACCACCUUCGAGACAAAAUAAGAUACGAUUUCAAAUAUUUAAGCACCGCAAAUUUUAUAAGAUUAAAAAUAAUGUAUUGCCAGAAGUGCCUUACUAUUAAUUACCAAAUCGUGCCAUAGUAUCAAUGUAGAUUAUAAUCUAUUCUGUUUUUU